GAGAAGGAGAGAGAGGGACAGAGGCGAGAGAUCCAUCCAAACCUCACCGUUUCACAAGAGCUCUCAUUGCUACGCGGCUCAGCGCAGCAUUUCACUGUUCCAAUCGGAGGAAACGCCACUCUUUUACGCUUCUUUUAGCCCCUUUUCUUUAUCUCGCCGCUUGUCUGCGUGAAAGCCGCAUUCAGAGACAACUUCGUCCGUUUUUCUCCCGACUUCCGACUUGAGCUGCAUCAUGAACAGUUUUGGGGCACCUCUGAAACGCGUACCGCUGGAAUGGUGGGGAUUACACAGCCGACACCCAAGGAACAUGUAAACGCACAUGGAGUUUGGGAUUUAUUUCGAAAUAUGGGAAAGAUGACCGUCUUCUCGUUGUGCUUGCUCUUGUGCGCAGAUCUGCUGGAUUUAGCCGUGGGAUAUCUGACCGUUACUAUAGAACCUCUCCCUCCUGUUGUCGUCGGCGAAACUGUCACCCUCAAAUGCAAUUUCAAAACAGACGGAAGGCUUCGGGAGAUUGUUUGGUACAGGGUCACAGAUGGAGGAACGAUUAAACAGAAAAUAUUCACAUACGACGCUAUGUUUAAUACCAAUUACUCUCACAUGGAGGACUACCGGAGACGUGAGGACUUAGUGUAUCAGUCAACUGUAAGACUGCCUGAGGUUCGGAUCUCGGAUAACGGACCUUAUGAAUGCCAUGUGGGCAUUUAUGACCGGGCGACGAGGGAAAAAGUGGUCUUGGCAUCGGGCAAUGUUUUCCUCACUGUAAUGUCUCCUCCAAACAACAUCUCGGUGGUGGCAGAGAACACGCCCGCUCCUUUUAGUCGAUACCAGGCUCAGAAUUUUACCCUUCUGUGCACAGCCAAAGGAGGGAAGCCAGCCCCAUCGGUGUACUUCAAACGGGACGGUGAGCUCAUAGAGGUCAUCUCGUACACUAUGCCCACUGCCAGUGAAGCAGGCACUGGCUCUGCCAACUUCAGAGGGGCCCGCCCGCUGAUCAGCCGGGACCUGGAUGAGACCAAACUGCAGCGCUCUCUCUCUCUGCUGGACCCUGAAGGCCGUUUGUCUCGCCUGCACACAGAGAGCCCCCAGCACUACCACAGCCAGGGCCAGCAAGCGUCUGAGCCCAGCCCCGCUACAGAGGUCAUCCCAGAGACUGUGGUGAGCCGCGAGUUCCCCCGCUGGGUCCACAGUACUGACCCUCUGUAUUACUUCAGCCACACCCACGUCCCCCAGAGCGAUGGGUCAGUGGUGGUGCAGGCUCGCCUCACCUGGACCCUCAACCCCCAACUGGACAACGAUGCCCUGUUCAGCUGUGAGGUCAAGCACCCAGCACUCUCCAUGCCCAUGCAGACUGAGGUCACGCUAGCUGCUCCAAAGGGCCCCAAACUCUUCAUGACCCCCACCAGAGCCAAAGUAGGGGACACAGUCAGGAUCACUGUACAAGGAUUCCAGAAUGAGGUGUUCCCGGAGCCCCUCUUCACCUGGACGCGGGUGGGGGGUCGGCUUUUGGACGGCAGCACAGAGAGGGAGGGGAGGGAGCUCAUUCUGGAGAGAGUACCAGCCGAACUGAACGGGUCCAUGUACCGAUGUACGGCACAGAAUCCAUUGGGCUCCACGGAUACGCACACACGCCUCAUAGUGUUCGAAAAUCCAAGCAUGAUGAAGAAUACACAGAAUCCUAACAAUGAAGCGUGUCAUCUGGAGAUUGUUGGACUUGCGUGGAUGACCCUCAUCCUCACAGUGACCGCUGGACUGACGUGAAAUCUCCUCCACUUGGACAUUGUCAGCUCCACACACACGCACACAUAUGCACACAUACACCCACACACACACACACACACACCCACAUACACACACACACUUCUUACUCAACGUCGAUAAAAAACUGUACAAUCCUGCAAGCCUUCUUCGGUCAUCAACUCUCCCAUGCGUCGAGCAGAAAAGUGGCGAACCGAUACGUCAUUUUUUUUGUACUGAAAAUUAUAACCAUGACAGAACAUGAUGGUCUAGGCCACCCCCUAUAUAAGCCCCACCCACUUCCACUUUACUUUUUGUUUUUCCUGUCUGCUAAAUGGAAAAAAGAAUAUGGAAUUUAUUUGUGAUGUGAUUGAGACUGGACAACCUGACUGUCUGCCCUGGGAUGCACCACAACGGAAUAAACCGGCAUUUUUUAUUAAUAUAUUUUUGUUUCCUUUUGGUUUUCAUGGCCUGGAAUGUACAAAGGGUAAAGAGAAACUAGAAAAAAAAAAUCCUUUUUGAGUGUAUUUUGUGUACAUCCGUGUAAAUAUUGAAAAUAAUUAAAGAAGCUAUAUGGGUCAGGGGUUGGUUCUGCUGAGAUAGUCACAUUUGUUUGUACUUCAUCCAUUUUUUCAAAGACGAGCAAGAGCAGAAAAUUAUUAUGAUUUGAGCUUUAUAUCAAUAUGGCUAUACAUUUUUGAGGACAUGAAAUUGCUGAUAAUGUCCGCUGUUUUAGAGGUCCUGGUGCAUGUGACAUUCCUUCUCAGUUCUUGGCGUGUUGCGAAUGACAGCAGCGCAACUCAUAGUCACCGACCUGUAACCCAGCUAUUUACUUGUGACAUAACUAUCUUAAGUGACCCACAUUGUGUACAAUACGUAACUACUACCCAGGCAUCUGCAGUAUCCAUGAGCUCAUUUUCUUGGCCGCCAUCUCCAGAGAGGUGCUCACCUGAGGCAGCGUGUGUAAAACAGGGUUGUUGCAUUUGUUUCAUUUCACCUGUAUUAAAAAUGGAGAGAUUAUCAAAGU